UGUUUGUUAUUUCACAAUUGUGUGCAUUAAAGUGCUUAUUUAAAAUCUAUGGUAUGUGAUCAAGGUGAAUCGAUUCAAAAUAUUGACAGUUAUGAUCUUUACUAGAAUGUAAUUUUAAACUGGACGCAGUGUAUUAAGAGUACGUGAGAAUAGUCAAGGACAGGCAUGGCUUGUGCGGAGACGGUUAUAGAUCCGCUUUUAGUGGCCGCCAUUGAUUUUGGCACUACCUUUUCUGGAUAUGCAUUUGCCUUUAAGGGUGAUUAUCAAGAAGAUCCGUUAAAAAUAUCUGGAUACACCUGGACAUUGGGGUCGACGGCUGGACUUUCACUGAAGACACCAACUUGUGUCUUGUUUGAUCAUCAUGGAGAUUUUCAUUCCUUUGGAGCCGAAGCUGAAGAAAAGUACACAACUUUGGCAGAAAGUGAAACUCAUGAAAACUGGUACUUCUUCCGCAGAUUUAAAAUGCAGUUAUAUAGAAAUCAUGAAAUACCACGUGAUUUAACAAUCGAAGACGAUAAGGGUAAACAUUUGCCUGCUUUAAAGGUAAUUUCAGCAUGUAUAAAUUACCUGAGAGACCAUUUAAUGAAACAAAUUACUAAAAAAGACCUGCCCGUGAAGAAGACCGAGAUCACAUGGGUUCUUACAGUACCAGCCAUAUGGUCAGAUCCUGCAAAACAGUUCAUGAGAGAAGCUGCAGUAAAGGGAGGAAUUCCCAACAGUCAGUUGAUGUUGGCAUUGGAACCUGAAGCUGCUUCUGUCUAUUGCAAACAUCUUCCUGUGGAACGUUUGGCAGCAGGGGCAAAUUCUGCCCUGGGAGCGUUCUCUCCGGGGACCAAAUAUCUGAUUCUUGAUGCUGGAGGUGGCACAGUUGAUAUUACUGUCCAGGAAGUACAAACUGAUGGAACCAUCACACAACUGUAUAUGGCCAAUGGCGGUGACUGGGGAGGAACUAAAGUGGAUCAGGCGUUUGAAGAAUACUUGAUGGAGCUUGCAGGACCGGAGACGGUAUACAAGUUCCGCGAUGAAGAUAAAGCUGGUCACUUAGACUUGUGUAGAGAAAUUGAAAUUAAGAAGCGUCAAAUUAAACCAGAUCAGACAUCGAAAGUUACAUUUAAAGUGCCGAUUACUUUAAGUGAAAUAUUUGAGAGGGAAAAGGGGACCGAUUUCCGAGAAUCGUUGGCGUCGUCAAAGAGAGUACGAUGGGUUGGGGAUAAACUACGGGUUGAUCCAGAUGUUGCCCGAGGUUUCUUUGAUAAUGCGUGUCAGCAUAUAAUCCAACAUUUAAAGGGUAUAUUCAACGAGGCGAAAGUUAGAGGCACCAAUACUAUCCUAAUGGUUGGUGGAUUCUCAGAAUCGCCAAUGUUGAGGGAUGCAGUUGAAAAGGGAUUUCCAGGAAAAACUAUCAUUAUUCCUCAGGAGUCUGGUUUAGCCGUGUUGAAAGGGGCAGUACAGUAUGGAUACGAACCAAGAAUUAUAUCUACGCGGGUCUGUAAAGUUACUUAUGGUGUGCGAACAAAUAGAAACUUUAAAAAGGGUGAUCCAGAGAGUAAGAAAUUUGAUGCUGAAGGAACUUUAAAAUGUCGAGACUGUUUUAGUAAGCAUGUUGAGAUAGGACAGGCAGUCCAUAUUAACGAAGCCUUCGAAGAACAAGUGUACUACCCGUUAUAUUCCGACCAAACUGGGAUGUCUGUCCCAAUUUACACCUCGACUGAGAAAAAUCCACGUUUCACGGAUGAUCCGUCGUGUAGAUAUCUAGGAGAGCUCACUGUCAAUAUGCCAGAUACCAGAGGAGGGAAAAACCGAAAGGUAUCGGUCCAACUUACCUUUGGUGGUACAGAAGUAGAAGUUAAAGCCACUAAUAAAGGGACUGGAGAAGAAACAGUAGCUAAACUUAAUUUCCUUCGUUAAAUGCUAAACUGGUGCACCUACAGCAUAAAAUGCUUGUCCAUACAUUGUACGUAUAACACUGUUAGAUAUGCCUUGAUUUUAUUGAAGUACUGAUGAUAUUUCUUCUUGAUGUAAUUGCAAGAACAGUACGAUUUUGAUAAAUGUUUCAGCUUUAAAUAAAACGAAGUAUUUAUAUACUUGUAUUCAACAUA